AGACAGGAACACAGCUUCCUGGCACAGACAAGUGUUGAGUUUGGUGUGUUUAUGAUCUACCAGUGAAGAAGGUUUCUCCGUCGAUCUGUGGAUGUGGAACAGCAGACUUUAAAACAUGACCAGUCCAAAGUGUCCUAGCUGUCAGCGAUCUGAUAUCAGAAAGUUGGAUGGACAGCGAGCAGUCUGCAGAACUUGUUCUAAAGCAAAGAGGUGCGUGUUUCAGUUCUGCUGGGCGUGUCAGAGGGAGUGGCCAUGCAACGCUUCGACCACCAACUCCUGCAUGCUGCCGAACUGUGCACUCCGUGCUGCCCUCCUCAGCGUCAAACAGAUCAGUGACCCGCAAAGCUCAGUGAAUGGAUGCCCGUACUUCAGGGCCUGUCUGGGAUGCCAGGCCCUAUUAACACACAAUGGUGAGGGCUGCCCUAACAUUAUUUGUCCCCACUGCGACGAGGAGUUCUGCUUUCGCUGCCUGCGUCCAGAAUGCUACGACGAUGAAUAUGAUGAUGAUGAUGAUGAUGAUCCUGACACAGAGCCCUGUGUGAUAGUGGAUAAUGCUGAGAUCAUUAAACAUGAGGGACUCUAGUGAAUGAGUAUAAACUAUUAAAAAUAACAUUU